AUGGCCUUUUGCGAGAGCAUCUUCAACACAGCAGCUCAGAGCAUCAAAGCAGGCGGCAGCACUGACUACGGAAUCUUCCAGAUCAGCAGCCAGCUGUGGUGCACCGACCACUGCAGCCCCUCGGAUAACCACUGCAGGAUGGCUCACAGGGAUCUGCUAUCGAGUAACAUAACUGAUGACAUCAUCUGUGCCAAAAGAAUUGUGAGAAACCCACAAGGAAUGAAUGUCUGGGAGGGCUGCGCUAUGCACUGCAAGGGACAAGACCUGUCUGAGUGGGUGGAAGGAUGUGACCUGUGA